AUGGGUGUGUUCUUUCCACCUCCUUUCAGUCGCAGCUAUCAAGAUUUACAAAACGAGUCACUUGUCAGUCAAUUAGUCAUCAUUCCAAUAUUUAUUUUAUGUGAUGACAUUUUCACAUUCAUAGUUCACUUUCUAUUACACAAAAUUCCAUAUGUUUACAAGUAUGUUCAUUACCUUCAUCAUGAAAUCAAAUACUCAGUCUCAAUUGGUUCUCAAUAUUUUCAUCCAAUUGAAUUUUUAGUGACAGUGCCAGCUGUCAUGAGUGGUCCUUUAUUGACACAUGCUCAUUUAUUUUGGUCUUUUGUUUGGACUGUGGUUAAGACGUUUGAAGCAAUUCAUUCUCAUUCAGGAUUUGAUUUUAUGAAAUAUUACAGAACUAGUCCUGUCACCAAGUCAAUUUUAUUGGAUGCCAGUGAGCAUACCUAUCAUCAUACACAUUAUCAAGACUGCUAUGGGGCGUGGUAUUGUUUAAUUGAUAAAUUGAUUGGAACUAACCUUAAUUUUGUGAAAUUCACCGAAAAGAAACAAUAUUCGAAAGAUAAAUAA